GAAUGAACCAGUCGACUUGAACUGGCGUCGCUGUCGUGUUGCAGCAUCCAAUUUCGAUGGCAAAUAAUAAAAUGUUAUUGUUUAUUUGUACAAGUUGUUAAGUGCAUUUAUUUAUUUACAWGUCGGUAACUUGUAAGAGAAACAAUUAACUCGUUUCACAGUAAACAAUAUACCACGCAUAUAAUGAGCGAACGUACGACUGUGUAAAAUCGAAAGAAGAAAAACCUGCUUCCAGACUCUGCGCAAACGCGUCGGCUAGCUUAAGUCGAGAACCGAACAAAAGGAACGGAACGGAACCUUAGACAGCGGCGCCCCCAAAUGUCGGUGACGCGAGGCCACAAAUCAACGCCAUCGCUGCUGCUGCUGUUUCUGUCGGUGUUGACGUCGUUGCUUGCAGCAAUUCCGGUUUUACAGGCCAAUGCGCCGUCGGCAGGGCCAGGCGUGCGAAUACUGCGACCGCCCGAAUCUACAGUGGCGCCCUCUGGCGACGAGGUGGUGUUUGUGUGCGAGACCAGUUUGCCGCCGGAACACUUCGAAUGGAGCUACGCCUCGACCCGCAGCCAUGCGCCGCGCUUCAAAUAUUUAAAAUCGAGCAGCGCCAAAAACAAUUCCAAUAUAACCAUAACCAAUGACAAUGACAUAUCCAAGCUCCGUGUCAUUGUACGGCCCGAGACUCUGGGCGAGUAUCGUUGCGUGGCAUGGUUUGGACCACUGGCCGUCACCUCCACCACAGCGCGUUUGGAGCUGGCCACCAUCAGCGGCGACAAAACUGCUCAACGUUCAGAUUGGCGCGUGGCGGCAGGCAACACUGUGCUCUGGCAAUGCGGCCAGGUGGUGUCUAAUCCGGCACCCACAUGGAGCUUCUAUUACAAUGACAUCGAGAUACCAGCGGCCUCGACACUGAGUGACUCCAGUGGCACGCUGCUGCUGCCACAUGUCUCAACGGCAAGCAGCGGCAGCUACACUUGCGUAGCCACCAACACGGCCUCGGGUCAGCGCCUGGCCAUGCCCAGACGUUUGGAACUGCAGGUACCGGCUGCAGCUUUGCCGAGCGCAGCGCCAGCUCUGCUGCCUGGGCAAAGCGUGCGAACCGAAGUGUUGGCUCGCAUAGGUGAAACAUUGUUGCUGCUGUGCCCGGGCGUGGGCUAUCCUCCGCCCACAGCCGUUUGGAGCAGCCCCGAUGUGUCCGGAGCUGUGUACAACAAUCGCACGCGCGUGCUGCCCUAUGGACUGCAAAUUAGCGGACUGCAGCCAAAGGAUACGGGGACCUACAUCUGCUACCUGGACAAUGGGAUACGUCCUGCCUUGGAGCAUUAUAUUCAGCUGGUGGUGCAGCAAGCCCCACGUAUAGUGCGUCCGCCGAGCGCCAAUCUCACCAAUGAGGGCGAAUUCAUGAUGUUGGAGUGUGCGGCCACGGGCACGCCCACACCGAAGAUCUACUGGUUGCUUAAUGGGGAGAACAGUGUCUACGAUACCGAGGCGGAGCUGCCGUCCAAUGGCUCCCUAAUCUUGCGCCGAGUGCAAAAGCGGCAUGCCGGCUGUGUACAGUGCUUUGCAAGAAAUGUGCUCGGUGAAGACAGCGCUGGCACUCUGCUCCAAGUCAAUCCCACUCAGAUCCAGGCCGGAGAUGGCAUGGGCACGGGCGGCAUGGGUAGGUCAUCCAACCGGAACGCACACAACCGCAAGCAAAAGCAAAUGGUGCCACCGUCGGCCCCCAAUGUUACCCGGCUAUCGGAUGAGUCUGUAAUGCUGCGCUGGCAUGUCGUGAAAAACGAUGGAUUGCACAUUCAGUUCUUCAAGGUGCAGUACCGUAUGACGGACAGCGGCAAGCGCAAGAGCUGGCAGACCACCAACGAGAACAUACCGUAUGGCAAACAGCGGCACGAUUCGGAUGAGGCGGUUAGGAACUUCACGUCAUCGGUGACGGGCUUGCGACCGGAUCACAGCUAUCGGUUUCGCAUCAUGGCCGUCUACUCCAACAACGACAACAAGGAGAGCAACACCUCGGGUAAAUUCUUUCUGCAGCGGGGUGCUGCUUUGGCUCCGCUGCCGGUGCCCGAGCUGUUGGACAUUAAGGAGUACUCGCAGACGGCCGUCAUGCUGCACUGGCGUUUGCCCAGCGAUGCAGAUGAGCAAUUGAUAUCCGGAUACUAUGCCUAUUAUCGACCCUCUGCCUCGGCUGGCGAGUACCUGAAGGCAACCAUCGAUGGUGCCAAGGCGCGCAGCGCUCUGAUCUCUGCGCUUGAGCCGGGCACAAUUUACGAAUUUAAAUUGCAAUCUUUUAGCGCUAUGGCUGCAUCCGAGUUCAGUUCACUCAAGCAAGGACGAACCCAACGACCCAGAAGCAGCACAACGGCUCAGCCGACGAUGCAUACUGUAGAUACCACUACGCCGACCCACAACGAGACCUUCAACAUGAAUCCGCUGCUAACGGGCACCAUUAGUGGCGGUGCAUUACUAAUCUUGCUCGUGAUCAGCGCCUGCUUCUGCCUAUGCAAGCGUCGCCACUCACGCGGCGACAACUCACAGAAUAAGCCGAGGCUGGCGGAGCUGCGCGAGGAUUUCGUACCGCUGAACACCUGUUCGCCCAACAAGCCGCGCACACGACAUAUCCACAUUACACUGAAUCCGCUGGCACAGCAGCAGCAACARCAGCUGCAGCAGCAGCAUCAACAGGACGAGAAGGACUCGCAGGAUAAUGAGUUGGGCUACUUCCAGCGCCAGCCCGUUGUUUACGAUGCCGAAACGUUGGGUUUCAAUGGACUUGCGCGUAUGUCUUCGUCUUCGCUGCGACGCUCUCAACGCACGCUGGAACGUGCCGCUGUUGGUGGCGGCUCUGGCGGCAACAACAACAAUCUUAACCAGGCGACGGAUGCCUCGCUGGCCGCAUCGCUGGACAGCCCACGCCUGCAGGCGUCCAACAAGCCGGGGCGUGUUAUUCUAAAGCGCUCACGCCUAUCCAGCCGCUCCGAGAAUCUCUCAUCGGGCAGCCUGAACAGCGUGGGCGUUUAAACUCGUGAUCUUUAUUUAGUCUAUGCUCAUUUAUAGGAUAUAUGCUAUUCCUCUACCUCUGUUUUACAACUUUUAAAACCUUCAAAUGACAUUUACUUAAACACUUUGUACUUAUAUAUACAAAUGCAUUAGCCCUUAAGUACUUAAUUAGUUUUCUACACUUUAUUACUUGUAUGGAGCCUAUAUAGCUCAAAUGUGCAUUUUAUAGUAUAGUAUUUACCUACUUAUAUAGUUAGUCUUCCAGCUCUUGAGAUAAGUUUAAAUUCUGUACUGAUAGCUUCAUAAUUUUAU